GUCGCAUUUCGCCACUUGGUUCGUGUUGAAGAAAAAGGCACAUUUAUCAAAUGUACACCGGCCGUCGUCGUAUUUCGGUCACAUUCACACCAUUCGCUCGCUCACUUCCUCUCCUUGUCCAGCAAGUCGUGCUGCGUCUGGCUUGUCGUCUUGUCCUCCGGCAAAUCGUCUGCACCGCACCCCAAACCACACACAGCGCACAUCCCAUGAUGCGUUCCUCAGCGCAUCGCAUCACGGCCCCCCUUGGCUCAGCUCACCUCCCAGGUAGUCCUUGAUGAGUAUCUUGUCGUCGAGCCCCAUGAGCAUCUCGAGGUGCACCAUGGAGCUCUUCAUACCCGGCAGCCGCCGAAUCGUCGAAGCCAUCUGCCGCUCGACCUGCGUCUUCAUCGCCAAACCUGGGCCGUACAGAAAGGCGUCGCGCUUGACCUUGCUCUCCUCGUGACGACGCACACCCUGACACACAGACGACACACAAGACAACACAUCAGCCAAUCAGCAAAAGAAACAGCCUGAUCUGUGCGUGCGUUGCUUGUGCUGCCUGGUGCAGUGCUCACAUUGGUCUGCAUCUCCUCCACAGGGUGCUUGCGGUGCGCGUCGAGGGUGAUGUUGCGAAAACCGUCGCGCAUCAUGUCCAGGGGCUGGACCCCUACCUGGGACAAGUCCUUCUCGUCCAUCGCUGCCGUCUCGCGCGCCGUCUUUCUCCUCCUGCGGCUUCUGCACAGGAAGCGUU